AUGGCGAAGAAAGAGCAAGCCGCUGUCGUCGAGUGCGCGCAACAGUUGCGCAAAAUUGGAGAUCUCUUAGAUUGGAAAUACAAGUUCCUGGAGCUCAUUAUCGCUCUCCAGAGAAUGCAGAACGACGGAAAAAGCUGAAAAAGAAGGAAUCCGAACAAACGUACACCUGACAUCUGAAGAGGAUUCAUUUCUGAAGACGAGGUGCGUCGUACUUCCAAAAACCACAACAACAAAAAGUUGAACAGGAAUGGACUUCCGGGACGAAGACAUGGAGAGGAUGGCCCUCGAGGACAUCGAAACACCGUGGACCAUUUCUGUGCUAUUCUGAGACCAUAUCUGUCUCUUGACUGUUUUCUCUGAGGGGGUUUGUCCUGAAGGAGUUUUCAUUCAUCGGGUCGAAUCGCUGAGCUCGUUUACUACUGGACUUCUUUUCCUAACAAUUCUGAAUUUAGUAAACAAUAGGCUACUCAAUGAUGUGUACAAAUAGAGAAAGUGCGAAAUGGAUGUCCUGAUUUAUAGCCUACACUUGCUUUUAGGCCUAUAAAGUGUAGCUAUUUCAUACUGGAAGGAACUGACUUCAUUUAUCCAUGAUAAAUUACCUCGAGACCAGAUUUUAAAAAAAAGAAAGAAAAAAAAAGUGGCUCAGGAAAGGUCUAUUUCUGAGGAAAAAGUUUAGUUAUGCCACUUGCUUGAUAUUUUAUAUCUAGGCCUAAUGCAGACAUU